CCAAACCACCUUGGGGAAGUUGGUGGCACACAAUGCAUGCAAAGUUAAUGUAGGAGUCUGCAGCCACACUAGCAGCUCUUUGAGCACAGAACACACAAUUGCUUUUGCUUUUACUUUAAACUAUUCGCUAACAUCAGUAUGCAUAAAAUGUUAAUAUUUACUAUGUUCACCAUAUUAGCUUAGCAAGUUAGCAUGCUAACAUUUGUUAAACAGUAAACAGUGGAUUGGGGUCAAAAUGGAUAAAAAUGCUCUAAUGAUGGUGUUAGAUGGAAGGUCAGGGGAAUAGGCUAAAGCUUUUGAAAAUCAUCUCAUGACAACAAAAGUCUGUCUUAAAUUUCAUGGCAAUUCAUAUUUGAGGUAUUUUAAUAAAAACCACAAAUGUGAACUCUAUGGUGGUGCUGGAGGAAAAGUUAUAGGGACACACAAGCCAUUAAGAUAAAUCCUAACUGUGUUGUGGUAUGUUUCUGACCCAGAACUGACUGACCAACAUUGCUUAGAUAAAUGCUGCUAGCAUGGCAAAAAAAGAGCACAUUUUAUUAUCUAAUAUAUCUUUUAAUCAUAAAUGUAUAUUUUCUCAAAAUGUAUAAGUUCUCAAAAGUCCUAAGUGAAGUAUAAAACUUGUUCAUAAAAGCAUUUAUAAGUUGUAGAGUUUAGCUGGGGGGUAACAUCAGUACAAUUUAGAAAACUUCAGCAUGGAUCCCAUUACGCUACAUUAUGCCAGAAGCUGGCCUCCCCUUCACAGCCUAUGUGACAAAGUGCCCCUCUGUGUGGAAUGAGCCAACAGUGGGCGACCAUGAAGUGCUCCCCAAUAAGCCAAGUGUUUCUCUGUAGCCGCAGUAGCAGGAAGUGCAGCUCGGGUGCCUCUUCACUUGUCUCAUCAAUGCAGCUUUCAUUCUCCCUCAGUGGGGCAAGAUGGAAGCUGUACAAAAGGACCACUGGUACUUUGUGGUACUCCUUUUUUUGCCUUUUAUCAAAGUUGCUGUCCAAAAGAAUGAGGUUGCUACUGUUCGCCUGGAGGAAGGGAUGGUUCUUGACUGUUUGUGCCCAUGGGAUGGCAGCCUCAGCUUGGUGUCCUGGACCAAAGCACCAGACAAGAAUCCAAUAGCUAUUCUCCAUCCAGAGUUGGGAGUGAACUUCUCUCAUCGUUACAGGGAGAGGAUUGAAUUUCUGAGGACCACACUUAUGGAUGGAAGUAUUUCUAUAAGGAACGUCACUCAUCAGGAUAUUGGGCUUUACCACUGCUCUGUUCAGACUUUCCCUCAAGGACCCUGGACUAAAGACAUUCAGGUGGAGGAUUUAGAUGAUCCCCCAGAAGAUGACAAUAGCACAGAGCCCCCCUCCCCAGAGGUGAUUGUGGCAAACACAGAGUUGAUAGCAGAGGAGAACAGCAAUCUGACCAUCAUCUGUAACCACCAACACAAUGGGUCAGUUUCCCAAGCUCUUAUGAAAAAGAUGCCACAAGGCCAAGGCUGGAACACCAUUGGUGUGUGUAAGAAGGAGGGGGGGAACCCAGUAAGUGAGAACUACAGCGACAGGGGCAGGGUCGUCUGUGCUGACAGCCUGGAUGUCAGCCUGCAGCUGACAGCAGUAAUGCAGGAAGAUGGUGGUUACUACCGCUGUAUCUUCACCACAGAUGUGGGGGAGCAGACCACCACUGUGCUGCUCACAGUGCUCAUUUCAGUAGGUGGAUUCAGCCUGCCUGUGUACAUGAUGUACAUUUACAUUGGGGCUGGAGCUGCUGGGCUUGUUCUGCUCAUUGUCAUGAUCAUACUAGCAGUGAGGCAGAGGAAGAAGAACAGGAGAGAGGAGUACAGAGUCAAACUGAACCCACAUCAGAGACAGCCAAACUUCUAUGAGAACAUCCCUGUGUGCCCCAGGAUUACAAAGAAGUCCAGGCAGAUAAAAAAUGUCCCUGUGUAUGCCAACCUACAAACUGUACGAUCACAUAAAACCAGAUGUCAGUCUCGUGACAAAUGAGCAUCCAUAAAUAGGAUGUACUGCAUAAAGUGAAUGUUUAGUUGUAUCUGUCACAGCUGUUUGUGUGCCCGGAGUUUUUCACAGAGCACAUUCAUGUAUAUAUGAGCAAAAAUAAAGGUAUAUUGAAAAACCACAGAUUAUUUAGUUAUUGAGUUUUUAAUAUGAUGCAGGGAUAACACUGACACUGGUUAAUAUUCACUCUCCAAAUGAGUUAACAAGCUGGUGCCUGUGUAAGUCCCAGAAAGCUUGUUUGGGUCCAGCUGUGCUCCCACUAAUUAAAUGUAGUAUGUACUGUGUAAUUACUGUUGAGAAAUUAUUUGCUUUGGGCAAAACAAUAUUUGGCAGUAAGCAUCAUGCAGAAAGAGCAGACAAAAGCCUGUAUAAUCAGUCUUUUCACUUCCUUAACCCCCAUGUAACACAACUGACAAAAGCCUGUGUAAUUGCGCUCCUUUUACCUUUCAUCCCUCCUAGUUUCCAUUCAAAGCAUGACAAUAGUGUCUAAUCAUCUAACAGAAGAGAAAAGCAGUCACUCAGCACUGUGCCAUCACUUGAGACUGCUGCUUUCCCCAAAGGGCUUUCUGUCUAGGAUGCACUCUAGUUACAGCACACUCUAAUUUGUGCUUUAGUUUAUAGCUCCUUAAAAAUUUUCUGUUUACUGUUUAUCAUAAAUGUUUAGGUUCUCUUCUUCUACUACUUUUUUUACUGUGCUUUAGAAAAUGCAAUUAAAAAACAAAAACUUUAUGAUGCUGUCACAAGAAGUUAUAUUAAUAAUGUUUAUGAUUUCAAAGCUUGCCUCUAUGUUCUUGUAAAUCAAUAUUCAAAGUUUAUGGUAGUGCUAUUAAGCUGUGUGUUGUUUAUGUGUAAUGUGAUUCAUUUAUCUCCAUAGAGAUGGAGGCAGUGGCAGGGGCAGAGUUGUGGGCUAUUCUGACAAAUGUGGGACAUGAAUGGACAAUGUAGUUUGGAAUCACAUGUUUUUGCUGUCAUUCUUUCAUCUCACUGUUGCUAACAAAACAGUAGAAGCUGCAACUGUACAUUUGACUGAUACUUGUAAUACUGUGUGUGUGGCUAGAAUUACUUAAACUGAUAAGUGUGACUGUAAAUGAGUCUGUGGUCUAAAUAAAAAAAAAAAUGUCAUUGCCACAA